AUGUCAGCCCCAGCCCAAAUUAACGCCGAGCCUCCAACUCAAACGGCUUUCACUCCAAGCACUCUUGCCAAGUUCAAUGGUAAAGACGACCCUAAAGUUUAUCUCGCUGUUAGAGGUAAGGUGUUUGACGUGACUUCUGGUAAGGGAUUCUAUGGCCCAGGCGGACCAUACGAGAAUUUUGCUGGAAGAGAUGCUUCCAGAGGAUUGGCCUACAAUUCGUUCGACCCAUCAGUGUUGACUCCCCUCGACCAGCCUCUUGACUUGUUGCAAGACUUGAGCGCAGACGAGAAGGAGUCUUUGGAUAACUGGGAGUCCCACUUUGAGGGCAAGUACACUCUAGUCGGAACCUUGAGUAACGAAAAAAACUAA